CGCCCAUCAUAGCGGUCCCGACGCCCAUCGUAGGGUCUAGCUCACCAUGGCGCCUUUGAACCAGCAGGCAGUCAUUAACGAGCAGACGAUUGCCAUCCAGACGGCGGUCAACCUUUGCUUCUUCGGUGUUCAAGCCGCUCUAUUCAUCGCUGCGGUUUCUAUGCUGAGCUAUUCGAAGUCGCGAUUUCGAUGGCUGACCGUAGCCAUUGUGGCCCUGUUCAUUUCCUCCCUAAUCGGUGUCGUCGACCAGACCGUAGUCUUCGUCAUCCAGUUCACGACCAACGCCAGUAAUGCAUCCCGUCUAAUUCCCCUCUUCCACCGGAUGAACAUCGUCAUGAACGUCAGCCAUCGGUUCAACUACUUGGUCGGUGAUUUGAUCGUCGUGUGGCGGGCUUGGGUGGUGUGGCCGGACAGUCGGACGGCGCGGUUCUUGCUUGUGCUCUGCAUUUGCGGGAGUGUCGCAGGAACAAUAAUCAACAGUGUAUGGCAAGCGCAGUGGACACUGCAGGGCGACAAAGGAAAGUCGGCCUUGACGCGCACUCUGACCAUUACUGUCCCGCUGCUUGCCACGAACUUUGUGGCAACAGUACUCAUGGGAAUACGUCUCUGGACUUACCGCCGCAACAUCAAGUCCAGCCUCGGCGUCCAAUCUCGCCUAAAUAGGGUAGAAGGCACCCUUCUUGCGCUAGUCGAGACCAGCUUCCUGUACUGCGCGCUCUGGGUACUCUUCCUCGUCACUGGUCUCCAAGAGCCAGUCAAGGGCAAAAUCAACAUAUACGGCGUGAUUCAGCCCGCUUACCACACCAUCGCGGGUAUCUAUCCUACAUUCAUCGUCCUGCUCGUCGCCACCAAGCGCUCCACCGCAGAGACUUACCUUAGCGUCAGCGAGCCGAAGGAGACUCUUCGCUUCACUCCCGGUCUAGGAGAUACGACGCGUUCCUUUGGACAGACCGUCGACACGAGCACAAAUGCUGGCCACAUGGACGCACACGAAUUUGCUGCUAUGCAGACGGAAAUUCGAGAUGUGCCGUGUGGAUCUCGUACUCUGCUCGAUGACGUUGAUGUCGUUCAGGAUGUUUCUGCGGAUGGGGUAGCGGCGAAAACGCCCGAGGGCUCGAAGGGGGGCGAUUAUAGUCGUUGGGGAGAUAGGUAAUGUUUUGGGCGGAUUUUCUUGUAUCGGCCUUGCUCGAUAUUACUCUACCUUAUGUGCGUUAUAAACGAGCUAUAAUGGACUUUGGAUGUGGUGCAUGGACUGCCCGG